AUGAGUAGAAAGCAACACUUUAUUGAGAGAGAUGAUAUGGAGGAAUAUUCAGAUAUUUCUUAUCGAGCUUAUUAAUUUACACCGAAAAAGGGGUUUGAAAUGGGCCUUAUUUGCGGUUCAUAUAAAAAUCUUCAAUCAAGUUCUAGAUAAUAGAGAUCAAAUUUUUCAAGACAGAGUCAUAAACGAAGGCAAACAAUCAAGUUCAAGCAUUUGAUGAAUUGCUCUAAUAGAAGGAUUACAGUUCUAAGAAACAAAAGCCAAUGCCCUAUUUCGGGUCUUUCAAUUAGGUUCAACCGCAGGAGAGUUUCUGCAAGGAAGAUGAGGACGAAAAAAUAUUCUACAAUUAAUGAUUCAUUUGGAUUAGAUAAUAGAGAAGAUGGAACAGAAGAUGCAAGACAUAAAGAUUCAAACAACAUAUUGGAAGUUGAGCAGGAAGGCAGCGAUAGAUAACAAUAAAAAUGCUCAAAUAAUAAUGGCAGUUAAUGGAAGGUUUUCAGUUUGAAGAAAGAGAUCCAAAAUGAUUAAAUAGUUGAAUUGGGGAAAGCUGAUGAUUUCGAGAAAUACUAGAUAGUUUACAUACAACAAAACAUAAAUGGAUUGGUGGGCAGAUUGAGUCAUUUGCUCUAAAACCAAUCCCAAAAGAGAUUGAGUUUUAGAAAUUCUGAAAAUGAUGAAGGGGGGGAGAGUUGUUUCUCCUUCAAUCGAAACUCGAAUCAGUUUGUAAAGAUCUAUAAAUGCAAAUUCUGUUCUCAGAAGUUUCAAAAGGCCUGUUCUUUGGGUGGCCACAUUUCGAGAUCUCACAAGGAAGAGUCUUAGCAAAGUAAGAAGGAGGCUUAGCCGAUAAAAAAGACGAGCAUCUAGAAAUAAAAGAAAGCCUCUUUGUAAAAAUCAAUAGGAAUGUAGCUCAUGAGAUUAUGA